AUAUGUUGUUCCACGAGCGAAAUAGAUAAUGUAGAAACCGGUUUUGUAUAAAAUAUGUAAUGCUAUUCUCUAAAACGUUAGAAGUUAUAAGUCAAUUGACUUAUUUACUGAUCGAACGAAGCGUUCAAAGCAGGACUAAAGGGAAAUCUAAAAGAAACGCUAUCUAUAUGCUUUUACACCGAACAGAACUGAACAAGCGAUUAACCGUUACGUUAUAUAACUUGUCAGCAAAAGCAUAAAAACAGGCUCAAUAUAUCUUUCCGAAAAUAUUUAAUAAAUCCAUCGAAUAUUCCUUGCGCUCUUACUCUUCUUCGAUGUAGAUAAUCUUUUACUUUUUACAUGUAAAAUUAUUAUUCAUUAUCAAUGUCAAAUCGUGUUACAUCGUCUACAACGACUACACUACAGUUGACUACAGUCUAUACAGUCACAGUUGGUCGAGUUGGUCACAGUCUACAAUACACUUUGCUUCAAUAAAGAGAUGUUAAGUGUUUAUAAUUUAUAGACUAAGCACGAUUAUGUAUCGUCAACCAAAUCCAGAUUAUAAAACUCGUAGCGAGCCACCAGCUGAAUUGGAAAGCCAAUUUAUUUUACGUUUACCACCGGAACCAGCAAGAGUUUUACGGGAUGUUUUACGUAAUGGAUUACCACUAAAAGACAGACUUGGUAUAAAAUUAGAGAACGAUAUGCGGUAUGGCGAAGUUAGAUUUGAUCACUGGUUACUUCAUGGAAAGGUCGUCGAUUUGCCAACUAUUGUAGAAUCUUUAAAGACCAUUGACAAUAAAAGUUUCUACAAAACUGCUGAUAUAUGCCAGAUGUUACUGUGUAAAGAAGAAGAUGAUCAUACCACCACGGAUGAAGAAUCCCCAGUCAGACAAAAGAAAAAAGAUCCAAAUAAAGUAGAUAAAAAAUUUUUGUGGCCACAUGGUAUAACUCCUCCUACAAAAAAUGUGAGACGCAGAAGAUUCAGAAAAACAUUAAAAAAGAAGUAUGUAGAGGCUCCAGAAAUUGAAAAGGAAGUAAAGAGAUUGUUAAGAGUAGAUAAUGAUGCAGUUAAUGUCAAGUGGGAAGUAAUAUGUGAAGAUGAAGAUCAAUCAAAGCCAAGCAAAGUUUCAUCUUCUGGUAUGGUAAAAACUAAAAGAGAGAGUAUCAACGGGAACACAUCUCAAAGUCUUGAUGUUGCGGAGCAUGAAAUAUUUGGUGAACCCGUUAGCGAUAGUGAAGAAGACGAUGAAGAUGCAAACAUAAACGUAAUGGAAUUAGAUGAAAAUAGUCGAUUAUCUGCGGAUAGCAGGGUAUCAGACUCUAAUUCUAUGCAAGCGACGUACUCAGAAAGAUCUAACAAUAAUGCGACGACAAGUAGCAAUCUUGUCACCGAGUUUAGUAAGGAAAUGUUCCAAAAUGAUAAUAUGGAAGCAGAGGCAAUGAAACAAGAGGAUACAUCUCCAUCGAAAGCACCUAAAGUUGAGCAAUUUCAGGAAUAUAUUCUUACCGACGAGUUUACAGAAAUGCCUUCGGUUUCUGCAUCAAAAGAUUCGAUGCAAACCCGUCUUGCCACAUUACACGCGGAGUUAGCUGAAUUGCGGCAAAGAAGGCAGCAACAAGAACUCGAAAUCGCUAAUAUCGAAAACGUUAAAUUGAAACAACGAUUUCAAGAGAUACUGGAUAAUUUAUUAACGCAAGAAAUGCAAAAAGUUCAAGAGAUUCAAGACUUGGAGUUAGGAUAGUAUCAAUGCAUAGUUGUAUGC